AUGUCAUCACUCGGUGCAGAGGAAACCAUCCAAGCUAGACGUCAUCGACUCGCGCAAGUCCCCAGGGCGAUCACAUGUCGGCAUCCAAACGACCGAUCACGAACAGAGCGCCAAGCCGACAAGAUAGCAAAUCUCGAAGCAGUCGUAGAUCGGCUGGAUAGACGUUGUCGUGAGGUCGAGUCGAGACUUGUGGCUUUGGAAUCCGCGCGAUUAGCCCCACUGGCGGAGCGUGAGGCUGAUCAGAGGAUCUCAUCUGUCGAGCCGGGCCCUGUCGGAGGCCGCCUCUUCGAAGGAGAUUCUUCGUUCGCAAGUCAGUCACUGCAGAUGACCGAGAGUGCGCAGGACGCAGCCCUCUCCGCCUCUGCAGGCGAUGACCCAGCUAUUCAUCACGCAUUUGCUCGACUGCGGAAAUCUCUCCACGACUCACAUGAGGUAUCCAGAGAUAAAUUCCAUUUCAGAAAGUCCGUCUCGCAAUCACCGCCACCGGUGAAGCCUCUUCCAGCGCCGCUGGUGAAUAGUCUACUGCGGAGAAUGAGGGUCCGUCGUCCCAUUUUCCUCUCCUCGUAUGCUAUCAGUGACCUGCACGUGCUCGAGGAUCUCUGCUACGGCGUCUAUGCUACCAGUGCGCCGUCUGCCGGUCAGAUUGCCAGCACCCAUGGAGUCCUCCUCUUUGUGUUGAAGGAGUACGUCGCCAUGAACGACGACCUCGGCCAGCGGGUCGAUCUCAACGCACAUCUCAAUGAAUGCGAGCACAUGUUCGUCGCAGCGCUGGAGCAUUAUGAGGUGCUUGUCAUUCCAAGCUUCGAAAACAUUCUUGCUCUGACGAUGGGCAUGAUCAAAGCCCAAGGCGAAGCCAAACCAUCCCUAUACUGGACACUCGCGUGCGCCGCCGCAACCCAGUGCCAAUCCCUUGGGUACCACCGAGAAGCCAGCUAUCGCAACAUCCCGUCCGGCAAGGCGGACAGCAUCCGGCGGCUGUUCUGGACGGUGUACUGCUUUGACAAGAACAUGUCCCUGUUGCUGGGCCGGGUUUCUAGCCUGCACGGGCUCACCAUCGACACGCGCUACCCAUCCACGGCCACAGAUCAGGCGCUGCGGCCGUGGGACGAGUCGUUCAUCAUGGGGAUCCGAUUGGCCGAGCUACAGGACCGGGUGCUUACGGGCCUUUACUCUCCUGAGACGGCGAUCAAGGAUUCGUCCGAACGGGCCCGUCUUGUCCGUGACCUGGCAGCUGCUAUGGACGAGUGGCGUGUCCAGUUUACGCAGAUCAUCGCAGAGGCCGUCAACCACCCUGAGGUCUUUCACCUCUCCCGCGGCAACUGGGACAUGGCAUACUACUCGACCUUGACGCUGCUGUACCACGCCUCCUCCACCACAGAGACGGGCCUCUAUAUCAGCUCGCAAUGCGUGCACGCCGCCCGCAAUAGCUUGCAGGCUCAUCUCCAAUGCUUUCCGCAGUAUCAGGAAUCGCGUCUUCUCUCGGACGGGGAAUACAUCAACUGGAUCCUCCUCUACUCCUCCUUCACCCCCUUCCUCGUCAUCUUCCUCCACACGAUCGCCGCCAAAGAUCCGGAGGGCGCCGCCCUCCUCCUCCGCGUAGUCGGCACGCUGGAGAAUCUCCGGUCCCCAUCCCCCCAGCAGACCCCUGGCGCGGAGCGUCUGUAUCAAAUUUGCGCAACCUUCGCGCAACUAGCCCAGAAGCUAGUCGAGUCACCAGCCUUCGCCGGAGGGGUAGACAACCCGUCGGAGGAUCCGGCUCGGUUGGCGGGUGAAGAUGUGGCUGUGGGCGACGACGGCGCGGGCUUCGGAUUCCCGGCGGAGACCUUUGAGGAGGUAUUCGGGGAUGUGGCUCUCAAUCCGGCGGGGGAUGUCUUGGGUGAGUGGAUGGGUGGGCAGCCGUUUUGGGGGAAUUGGGUUGAUUUUUAG